AAAUGUCAUUCUUUCGCAGCGAAGCCAUGUCCUUGUGCCAAAUAGUCUUACACACCGAAUCCGCCUUUAAUUGCCUAAUUGAAUUGGGUUACGAGGGGAAAGUGCAAUUUCGCAAUAUUUACGAUGGCAAUCCGGUGGCAAAUAAUCAAUUCAACACAGAAAUAAAACGAUGCCACGAAUUAAAACGUAUAAUUAGUCAAUUGCAACAAGAGAUUGAUGAUUUCAAUAUAAACACUAUUAUUUAUCCGGAUGUUGAUGAAGACGAAAUACCGGAGGCAGAUGAUUUAAAAACUAUAGAGACAACAGUGCAACCAAUCUAUGAGGAGUUAAUGCAAAUGGCCAGCAAUUUUGAGGUUUUGAAAAGGCAACACCAACAGUUGGGGGAACGUUUGCAGGUGGUAGAAAAGGCAGAUGGAUUUUUGGGGGCCAAAGGUCAGGCCCAGCAAGCGGUAAUGGCCUGGUCGGACAGUGUCAUAAGAUUGCUAAUGAAGAAUGAAUUUAAUGACGAUUCAGGGGAGAGUAUACAUUUGUCAUUUUUUACCGGCUCUAUACCAGUAGAGAGAUUUCGGACUUUUGAGAUCAUUUUGUGGAGGGUAACAAGAGGUUAUUUCUAUAUAAAACAUGAGGAAAUGCUUGCAACAGCGGAGGAAAACAAUUCAAGGAAAUAUGUUUUUAUGGUAUUUUUUGUGGGCCAAGAGUUAAAGAAAAUAAUUAGUAAAAUAUGCCAAGGUUUUGGCAUAAAAUUAUUUGAAUGUUCAGAAUCCUUGCAAGAACGUCAAACAGAAACUAAGGAAAUAAAACAGGAAAUUGAAGACCUAAAUGUGGUUAUAGCGAAAAACCAAACACAUCGUUUUAACUUAUUGCUAAUAGCCUCUGCCGAUCUAUAUAUCUGGCAUGUUAAGGUCAAUAAAAUGUUAAUGGUUUAUUAUGUUCUCAAUCGCAUGGGCCGUGUAAAACACUUGCAUAUGACAAAGUAUCUGCAGGCCGAAUGUUGGAUACCCAGCCAGGAUCUAGCCGGUGUCAGAUCCGCCUUGAUAUUGGGGGCCAGACGCACAGCUAAAGGUAGCUCUCGUGCCAUGUUUAUACCCCUGCUAAAUGAAAUACACAAACGCCAUUUAACGGAUGAGGAUAAACCCACUUACUUUGUGGUGAAUAAAUUCACCAAAGGCUUUCAAAAUCUAAUCGAUUCGUAUGGUAUAGCCCAAUAUCAGGAAUUGAAUCCGGCUCCUUAUACCAUAAUAACAUUUCCCUUCUUAUUUGCCGUGAUGUUUGGUGAUAUUGGUCAUGGUUUAAUAAUGUUUUUAUUUGGCCUAUGGAUGGUUUUGAAGGAAAAGUCUUUGGAGGAAAAGAAUCGUUUUGCCACGGAACAAAGUGAAAUUUGGAAUAUUCUCUUUGCUGGCCGUUAUAUUAUUUUACUAAUGGGAGCUUUUUCCAUUUACACAGGCUUCAUUUACAAUGACAUCUUUUCAAAAUCGUUCAACAUAUUUGGUUCCUCUUGGCGGGCCAGUCUUAAUAAAUCCCAAGUUCAGGAUUCUCAUUAUGUUCAACUGGAUCCCUAUGAUCAGCAGCACUAUUUAGGUACUCCUUAUGUUUUUGGCAUGGAUCCGGUAUGGGAUGCUUCGGGGGAAAAUGCAAUUAUUACCUUUAAUUCUUUAAAAAUGAAGCUGGCCAUUAUUUUGGGAGUGUCGCAAAUGAGUUUUGGUCUAAUACUCUCGGCUUUUAAUUACAUACAUAAGAAAAACUAUGUGGAUUUAAUUUUGGUGUUUUUACCCCAACUCACUUUUCUUGUUAGCAUUUUUGCCUAUUUGGUAUUUUUAAUAUUUUUCAAAUGGUUAUACUAUGGUGGCCAUACCCAAACACCCUACAACUCGGCCUGUGCUCCCUCUAUUUUAAUAGUGUUCAUUAAUAUGCUACUGAUGAAGGGCCCCGAAGAGCCCCCACCAGGCUGCGAUACCUGGAUGUUUGAGUUGCAACCUUAUUUACAAAUGAUUUUACUGUCGUUGGCUCUUAUCUGUAUACCGGUGCUAUUGGCUGGCAAGCCUAUCUAUUUCAUGAUACAGGAAAAAAAGAUUCAAAAGAUUAAAAAUGAAGCCUUAAGAAAAACUCGUACUCGCAAUACCAUGUCAGAUAUGAGAAAAUCACUGCUGUACAAUGUGGAGAGUUCGGUGUAUGCUGUAAAAUCGGAAAUACCGCAAAGAGAAUUGGAUGAGAAUAAAACCGAUUUAAGUGAAUUGUGGAUACAUUCGGGCAUUCACUGCAUUGAGAGCAUUUUGGGUUCCGUAUCUCACACUGCCUCCUAUUUACGCCUGUGGGCUCUCUCACUGGCUCAUGAUCAGCUGUCCACUGUAUUGUGGAAUAUGGUAUUGAAAAUAGGUCUAACUGGCAAACGCGGUUAUUUGAAUAGUUUGGUAUUGUUUGUGGUGUUCAUUUUCUGGUCAAUUUUAACCGUGGCAAUUUUGGUAGUAAUGGAAGGUUUGUCGGCAUUUUUACAUACUCUGCGUUUGCAUUGGGUAGAAUUUCAAUCGAAAUUUUAUGCUGGCAGUGGAGAAGUUUUUCAGCCAUUUCGUUUUGAAAGGAGUUCACCUCAAACUGAAGAUUGA